AAAGACAUCCUGGUGAUGCUGAGCGACAUGGACAUCAACGCCAUUGCGGGAACGCUGAAGCUGUACUUCAGGGAGCUGCCGGAGCCUCUGCUCACCGACCGCCUCUACCCCGCCUUCAUGGAGGGCAUAGCGCUCUCAGACCCGGCGGCCAAAGAGAACUGCAUGAUGCACCUCCUGCGCUCGCUGCCGGACCCAAACCUCAUGACCUUCCUCACUCUGCUGGAGCACCUCAAACG